CCCCACCCAAAAAAAAAAGUGCUUGUUCCACUGAAUUCAUUGACUUUAUUUCUGUUUUUAAAGAAGUGUUGUGAGGGGAGUGGCUAAAAAGGACUUCUCAGCUAUACCAGCUCACUCUGCCUAAUUAGCAUGGUCAAGUACUCAGUUUGGUUUUAUCCUGGGGCAAGUUCUCUUGAUGGUGAGAAGAUUAGCAGUCAAGAGGCUCCAAGAGAGGGGUUAGAGUGUACUUAGAGGACAGCCUUUAGCUUUAGAAGAUAAUUGAUGUUUGACAUUUUUUCCCUUUAUAGGCUGAGUGUCAAAUAUCGGACAGGGCUAGAGCCCCCUCAUUAAUCCUGACAACUGUUACUUCUCUGUGAUGUUAGAAUAAAGGGUGUUUGCUCUUUUAAUGUCAGGCCUUCUCUCCUCCUGCAAACCACUCAUGUCCAGAGAAUGUACUAAGAGGCUAGCUGCAUGCUUUUCUGGGCAGCUAGAAGUUUGCAUCUAUGGCAAGGCAAACUUGACCAGCUUAUCUUGAAUGGGAUAGAAGCACUCUUCUAUAUUUGCUGUGAAUAUUUUUAAAGUGGUACAGCAUGGGUUAAUGUUUAGAGCUGACUAUGGUAAGGACAGUGUGUGUGCGCGCGCGCGCGUAUUUGUGUGUGUGGCUAUUUUUAAAGCCUGAUAAAGUAUUUUUGGUGGACUUGCAUAGAUUUGGAAAAAUGAAAACCAUCUCUGACACUCAACCUUUUACCACUGAGGUAUUCCCAUAGAACAGGGGUUGGCAAACUUUUCCUGUAAAGAGCCAAAUGGUAAAUGUUUUCAGCUUUGGGGGUCAUACAGUCUCUGUUGCAGCUCCUCAACUCUGCCAUUGUAGUGUGAACGCAGUUAUAAGCAAUAGGUGACUGGAUGAGCAUGGCUUUGUUCCAAUAAAACUUUAUUUAAUAAAACAGGUGGUGGGACAAAUAUGACCUGGUGACUGAGGUGUGUUAACCCCUGCUAGAAAGUUCUACUGCUUAAAUAUAGCUCUGGCUUUGUGGCUAGAUUUCAUCUUAGAGGACACUUUGCCCCUCACUUUGCCUCCUUGUCUUCCCAGACACCACAUUGCAGAUUGUCCCUUGCUGCAGUCUGUAACAGAAACAUGAUUCUGGGUGCUUUGUAUGUACUGUGUCUUUCCCUGGCAACUGAAGGCCCUGGAGAUCUUGCCUAGCUGUUAAUCUGCUCUGGGGUCCUACCUUAAUAUGUUCUGGGGUCUUGUCUUGUCAGAGAGGGUCACUGUAGGACCUCAGAGAGGCCUUUGGGACAGGUAAGACAGAUCAGCAUUUCAACAGAUCACCCCUGGUUUCCAGCCAACUAUCAACAACCAACUUGUGUAUCUUACUAGAGGCUCUGAGAUAAGCCUUAAUUCCGGCACACUGUGGGACACACAAGAGCCGAAAACGUCCCUUUUGCUAAUGAGUUGUGUGGUAUUUUCUCACUUUAUCUCAGGUUUCCAGCCUAACCGCUCCACGAGCUAUCUUUUCAAAAUUCCAGCAGUUUUUUCCGAGUUUCCCAUUAAACCAUUGAAAUCCAAAUGACACAUAUGCAUAGUUUUCCCAAAUGCAGGAGGGAAUCUGCAUUUUUUUAUUGAAAAAGGGAGGUGGCACUCCUGCAAAGUAAAGCUGCUCCCUCUGCCUCAUCCCUCUUGGCUUGAUGUACUUAUUUCUCUGAGUAUCUGAUUUGUUGCUGUCUCUGGGCAGUGUUGCUCCUUUUUUGUACUGCUGUCCCACUGCUUGCAGUGACUCAGGUGUGCUUGGAAACAGGACGCAACCAACUGUGGUUGAGUUAUAUUCACCCUGACAGCCGGAAUGUACAGUGUGAUUUAUGGGAGUUGUUCACACAGAGAUCCCCAGAUAGCUUGGUUUUCUGACAUCCAUGUGAAGUGUUGAGGCCCAGGAAAGAGGAAUACACUCCAAGGAACCAAUGGAUGCUAAUGACAUUUCUAAGUGCUAUGAUGAAUUGAGCCUGGACUUUUUAAUGUCAACUUAAGAGUACACUAGAAUAGAACACAGCAUUGGAUUUCCAUACAACUGAGUUAGCAGCUGGCAAUUUAACCAGAUGAACUUUGUUACUUUGGAAGAGCUUAUUGAAAUCUCUGAAAGAGGGAUGAGAGAUAAAGGAAGAAAAUCAAUCCGUGUGACCACACAUUAAAUGGAUCAAAACUUAGCAAAUUCACAGCCUGGGCAAACAGAUUUAAUGGUUUAUUUUUAUCAAUUUUUUACCAUGGAAUUUGAAACAAGAAUGACUUUGGACACCUGAAUUCUACCUAUUCACUCCAGCUUGCUUUUCUUUAAAAGAAAGAUACCAAAUGAAAUGAUUUUUAAGACCUUUUUCGCAUUGAGUCAACAUUUUGUUGACACAAACCUAGUUAGAGUUCUAAAAAGUAUCAUACUGUCCCUUGCUCAAGUUAAGUACGAAAUCGCCUAGGAAAUUUUUUCUAAACCCAGUGCCAUGUUCCAUUCUUUACCCUGCCCUAUUGCAGCCCAAGAAUUGGAGUGAGUGGAAAGUAUGUUCCUGUUUUUUUCAAAACAGUGCUCAGGACACAUUUGUGACCACACCAGCUUCCGUCGCACUGCCGCUUCUGGUCUUCCGGUUCUGAGCAGCCGUCUUAGAGAUCAACUUUUGUAGCAGUCUGUUGAUGAGGUGAGGGCCGCCUGCUCAGGGGAGAUAAAGGUAGAGGUCUCCAGGCUCUUCUCUGGGGGCAGGACUCUCACCCCGGCAGCUGCGGCUUUGAUUGAAAAGGUAUGUGGCCCUCUGGAGCUGACUUCAACCAAAUGGCAUUGGUCUUUGAAAAAUGUACUUUAGCACAGCCCCUGUGGAACGUGUUUACUUAAGGAUUUUACCCCUGUUAGAAGUGAGAAUGUGACUACAGCUGGACUGCCCCUCACUGAAAGCAUUUGCUGCGAAUGUGUCUUCUGCUAAUAUGUUUAAGGAUCUGUAAUGAAAACAGAGUCAUUCUGAAAUAAAAGGACAUUGACAUAAAAAGCGGUAAUGGUUGAUGCUAUCUGUUUUUUAAGAUAAGGGUUUUGUCACAAAGGCACGAUUUAUGGUGGGAAUACUGAGUAGCAGUAGUGUGGCAGGUGAUAAAUCACUUUUCUCACCACUGGAUAUUGAGAAAAAAGGGAUACAAACACCUUUUAAAAACAGGAAAAAUAAAAGCACUCCAGGGCAUGUAGUUUAUGGAAAACAUAGUAGAGAAAGUGUGGUAGGACUGAGAUUGUGUGUAUGUUGUUGACUGAAAUGUUUUAAUCUCAUUUGGAGGCAUCGUUAAGAUAUAUUUUUGUAAAACUGAAUCUUGAAAAACUUAGUCCAUACACUGGGCAGCAUAUAAUCAUGCUUUUUAAUGUAGGGCUUUCACGGUAGCUAUGAUGGUGAUGAAAAUCACGAUCUUUCUCUUCUCUUUACCUUGUGCACAAGUUUUCUUCUGCCCAUGGCCAGGUAGAUGAGAGCAAACAAAAGCAGAUGUGUUUAUAGGAUGUUAAGGGCAAGAACAAAACUAAUACCUUAAGAGACUUUUUAGGAACCUCUUGGAAGCCAUGAGUCCAGGGAGGGGUUAUAGAGUCUGGGCACCUCCUGGGCACCUUCAUCCUCCUCCUCCUCCUCCUCCUCCUCUGUUCUCUGUGCUGGUGGAAACUUGAUACAUUGCCACAUGGAUGGGGGCUCAUACGGGCCACCACUGAUGCUUCAUUGCAGAUGGGAAGGCUCUGCUCCUGGAUCAGUCAAAAUCAAGGGCUAGCUUUUGAGGAAACCUGAAUCUAAGCAGCCGGUCCCUUGGAGCAAUAGAUUGUCUUAGAGAGGAUUCCUUCUCUUUUAGAGGACUCUAUGAAUGCAUAAUCCCAUCAGUAAGUGAGCGUGUGGGUUAAUGCCGCAUUGAUUACAUAUCUGGGGAUAUGUUGGGUGCAGAUGUGAGGACUCCUAUGCCAUAUAGCGUAACACCAAAAUUCAAGAAUUGUAUUCAUAUGCAGCCUUUACUUUUUGGCCAGUACAAAAACAAGUGAAAUAUGCCUGUAAUUAUUGCCAUAAAAUAGCAAUUCAUAGUCUCGCAUUUUGUUAACAUCCGUUGUCUCUUCCAGAUGUAUGCCUCAUAAGUUGGUCAGUCAGUAUUCGUUUGUUUCAUCAUUCAUUUAUUUGUUUUCUCAUUCAUUCAUUCAUUCAUGCAUUUGAGGAAUACUUGAGACCUUCUACAUGCCCAUUGUUGUCCUUGGUGCCAAUACACAGCAGAGAAGAAAACAAGAGUCCUGUCUUCGUGCUGCUUAAUCCUAGUAGGGCAGAGCCAGGCAGUAAGCGAGACCAAAUAUAUAAUGUGUCAGCGGGGUAGUAUAAGUGGUUGGAAGAAAAAUGAAGCAGGGUAAGAGAACAGAAAGGAAUAGAAGGCUAAAGGCUGAAAUGACAUCAUUUUCUCACCCCCUCUCAGGAGUUAGUGUCACCCAACUCCUCUCUGCCUCCUGCCUUUUAUCCUAAAAACAGCCCCGUGAGGGGGCAAGCAGGACUGUCAUUUCCAUUUACAGCUGAUGAAACCGAGGCACAGGGUUUAAGAGAUGGUCACGAUGGCACAGCAGGUAGAUGUCAGGUCACUCAGAGCCCCUGUUCUCAACCCCUCGAGAGUUCCUUCUCUUCACCACUGCCAGCCCUAGUCCAACCCAGCGCCUGGCCCUUUGGCCAUGGGCAGGCUCAGUAAGUGCAUGUUUGAACCGAGGCACUGUGCUAAGCGCUGGGGAGGAAGAGAAAGGUAACCUCAGGUCCUGCCUGGAGAAGACCCCAGACUAAUGAGGAGUGCUCCUGGGAACACCCUGCCACAGGGCUGAGAUUCGGCACAGGGCUGUCUGUCCUGUGUGUCUGUCAGUGUGUGUGCGGGUGUGGGAGUGGGAGGCUUCUGAGAAAGCUUCACUGAGGAGCAGCUGAUCUCAUUGCAGAGAAGAGGAGAAAGGCAUUCCGUGCAGUGCAAAUUGCCAGUGUAGAAGCCUCGGGGCUUAAGAGAACGUGACAUGGAAGAGACAGGAAAUAUGUACUCUUGUACAGGUAUGCGGCACACGUGUGGCCCCCUCCCUCCCAGCCUCCUCACUAAAGAUUAUUAAGCUGCCUAUUCUCCUGGUUCACCUGAGGCUGUUUUGAGAGAAUCUCAGAAUCUCAGUGUUCAUUUCAUACGACGUUCUUCGGGCUCCUCUUGUUCAUCUUUGCAGACUGAAGUAUUUAUGAAGGACCUUCAGAAAUCUGAUUACUCCUGAUGAAUCAAAGAGUAAAGAAGAAUCAAACAUGAUUAACCAGGUCAACGGCAAAGACUUGUCCAGAGCAACUCAUGACCAGGCUGUGGAAGCUUUCAAGACAGCCAAGGAGCCCAUAGUGGUGCAGGUGUUGAGAAGAACACCAAGGACCAAAAUGUUCACGCCUCCAUCAGAGUCGCAGCUGGUGGACACGGGAACCCAAACCGACAUCACCUUUGAACAUAUCAUGGCCCUCACUAAGAUGUCCUCUCCCAGCCCGCCCGUGCUGGAUCCCUAUCUCUUGCCAGAGGAGCAUCCCUCAGCCCAUGAAUACUACGAUCCAAAUGACUACAUUGGAGACAUCCAUCAGGAGAUGGACAGGGAGGAGCUGGAGCUGGAGGAAGUGGACCUCUACAGAAUGAACAGCCAGGACAAGCUGGGCCUCACUGUGUGCUACCGGACGGACGAUGAAGAUGACAUUGGGAUUUAUAUCAGUGAGAUUGACCCCAACAGCAUUGCAGCCAAGGAUGGGCGCAUCCGAGAAGGAGACCGCAUUAUCCAGAUCAAUGGGAUAGAGGUGCAGAACCGAGAAGAGGCUGUGGCUCUUCUAACCAGUGAAGAAAAUAAAAACUUUUCAUUGCUGAUUGCAAGGCCUGAACUCCAGCUGGAUGAGGGCUGGAUGGACGAUGACAGGAACGACUUUCUGGAUGACCUGCACAUGGACAUGCUGGAGGAGCAGCACCACCAGGCCAUGCAAUUCACAGCUAGCGUGCUUCAGCAGAAGAAGCACGAGGAAGACGGUGGGACCACAGAUACAGCCACCAUCUUGUCCAACCAGCACGAGAAGGACAGCGGUGUGGGGCGGACCGACGAGAGCACCCGCAAUGACGAGAGCUCGGAGCAAGAGAACAACGGCGACGAUGCCACCGCAUCCUCCAACCCGCUGGCGGGGCAGAGGAAGCUCACCUGCAGCCAGGACACCUUGGGCAGCGGCGACCUACCCUUCAGCAACGAGUCCUUCAUCUCGGCCGACUGCACGGACGCCGACUACCUGGGGAUCCCAGUGGACGAGUGCGAGCGCUUCCGCGAGCUCCUGGAGCUCAAGUGCCAGGUGAAGAGCGCCACUCCUUAUGGCUUGUACUACCCUAGCGGCCCCCUGGACGCCGGCAAGAGCGACCCCGAGAGCGUGGACAAGGAGCUGGAGCUGCUGAACGAGGAGCUGCGCAGCAUCGAGCUGGAGUGCCUAAGCAUCGUGCGCGCCCACAAGAUGCAGCAGCUCAAGGAACAGUACCGCGAGUCCUGGAUGCUACAUAACAGUGGCUUCCGCAACUACAACACCAGCAUUGACGUGCGUAGGCACGAGCUCUCGGACAUCACCGAGCUCCCGGAGAAAUCCGACAAGGACAGCUCGAGCGCCUACAACACGGGCGAGAGCUGCCGCAGUACCCCGCUCACCCUGGAGAUCUCCCCCGACAACUCCUUGAGGAGAGCAGCGGAGGGCAUCAGCUGCCCGAGCAGCGAAGGGGCUGUGGCGACCACGGAAGCCUAUGGGCCAGCCCCGAAGAAUCUGCUCUCCAUCACAGAAGAUCCCGAAGUGGGCACCCCUACCUAUAGCCCAUCCCUGAAGGAGCUGGACCCUAGCCAGCCCCUGGAAAGCAAAGAGCGGAGAGCCAGCGACGGGAGCCGGAGCCCCACGCCCAGCCAGAAGCUGGGCAGCGCUUACCUGCCCACCUACCACCACUCCCCAUACAAGCACGCGCACAUCCCGGCGCACGCCCAGCACUACCAGAGCUACAUGCAGCUGAUCCAGCAGAAGUCGGCCGUGGAGUACGCGCAGAGCCAGAUGAGCCUGGUGAGCAUGUGCAAGGACCUGAGCUCCCCCACCCCGUCGGAGCCGCGCAUGGAGUGGAAGGUGAAGAUUCGCAGCGACGGGACGCGCUACAUCACCAAGAGGCCCGUGCGGGACCGCCUGCUGCGGGAGCGCGCCCUGAAGAUCCGGGAAGAGCGCAGCGGCAUGACCACCGACGACGACGCGGUGAGCGAGAUGAAGAUGGGGCGCUACUGGAGCAAGGAGGAGAGGAAGCAGCACUUGGUGAAGGCCAAGGAGCAGCGGCGGCGGCGCGAGUUCAUGAUGCAGAGCAGGUUGGAUUGUCUCAAGGAGCAGCAAGCAGCCGACGACAGGAAGGAGAUGAACAUCCUCGAACUAAGCCACAAAAAGAUGAUGAAGAAGAGGAAUAAAAAAAUCUUCGAUAACUGGAUGACGAUCCAGGAACUCUUAACCCACGGCACAAAAUCCCCGGACGGCACUAGAGUAUACAAUUCCUUCCUAUCGGUGACUACUGUAUAAUUUUCACUUCUGCAUUAUGUACAUAAAAGAGACCACUACCACUGGGGUAGAAAUUCCUGCCUCGUUCAAUGCGGCAAGUUUUUGUAUAUAAGAUAAAUACGGUCUUCAUGUUUAUAGUCCAAAUUUGCAGACCCUACAACUCUGGGUGUCAUAGGUCUAUUUUAAGGGGAGAGAGAGAAAAACACCCUUACUAUCUUGGAAGGCAAUAUUAACAAACAGAGCUUUUUUCAAAUAGCAAUUGUACUUUUCUACCUGUACCCUUUUACAUAAAGUGUUUAAAUUUCAGAAAGAUCUUUUAUUAAGCAUACUUUCACAGAAUAAUUUGUUUAAACUAUAUUCAUAUUAAAAAGUUAAACACGCUUUUUUUCCUGCCUAAAAACACAAAUACAACUGCCAGUAUGUAUUUUUAAUGGAACCCUAUUUUAUAAUGUUACGUUACUGAAUGUGUUUCAUAUGCGUGACCGUUAAGAUAUUAUUUAGGUGAAGGUUUCAACUCAAAACCACCCAACCCGGUGGUUAACGAUUUAAUACACAUAACCAAACCGGCAGCAUUUAGAGUUGGGAUAUACAUUUAAACAUUUUCCUGGUUAAGGUUCCCAAGAGAGUGUAAAGGUUUUAGCAGAAAGCAAAAUAUCAUGCAGCUUUAUGGAAGUUUAAAGCAUGUUUGCAAAUAUUGCAGCCCAUUGAAAGAAUUUGCAUGUACAGGAAAGUUGUGGAUGGAGAUGGUUUGUGGAAUUUUAAGUGCUCAUUGUAGUAAACUUUUGCUUUGUAGAUUUGAAGGUACAGACUUAUACAAGCAAGUUCACAAAAUCAUGAUUAGUUAUAAACAUUAAGUAAAAUGAAGUUAAAAUAAAUUAUUAUUUUCUAUUUGAUAUGUUUUGAUGUGAUUCCUCAUUUUGCAGUGGUGCCUAUGAAAUAAAAGCCUUUUGCAGUGUUU